UCAUUCCGGACUAUUUGUAUGAAAAAUAACUAUUUUUUUUAUAAAAACGACAAUCAACGGCAAUAUAUCAAUUCACAUGAUUUGUGAAUAUAUACAUGGAAUUAAUGCGAAAUGUUUUUGCGUGCACACCAUUUGGCAAGAUGACGAUUUCAUUGUGUUUUGAACAAUAGCCCAAACACACUGCUCAUGAGCAUGCUAAAAUUAAUUUUGAUAAUUAAAAACAGUAUGCAUAUAUCAUGGAAAAAAGUAUCUACCCGUGCAUUGGUGUGCUAUUUGAUUGCGUAAGAUAUAUGGCGAAACUGACCCCAUUCAAAAUGAUUUAGAUGUAUCAUUGCUGCUUGGUUGACAUUUAAGACCAAUAUUCAUGAUAAAGACCUGUCGGCAGAUUAGCGGGUGGAUAGUGUUCUAAUUCAUAAAUAAAAUAGUGCGUAGCAUAAAGGACAUAAAUAGCACGGCGGUUACACAAAAUAUAUGGACAAUUACGAGUAGGAUUUGUUGUUGUGUUAAACAGAUGAUUCAAAGGUAGACGAAGAGCACCGACUGGAAAUCUAGCCGUUACAACGGCAUGUCACUAUGAUUACUGUUAUGAAGAACAAGAACAACGUAUUUAUUCUGUGAGAUUAACAACGGAAACAAUCGAUGAUGUCUUCAAACAACAGAAAUUAUGCAGCAACACAAUUAAAAAGUUUUACCGAAAAAAGAACAACAUUUUGCAUUCAAUUGGAUCCACAAUUUUAAAAAGAAAUGCAUAAUAAAAAUAUGGCAAGAGAACGACAAAAAUCCAUUAUAGAAACGUUGCAUACAUUGUCGCCUUCGCAAACAUCUAGAGGCAGAAUGGCAGUAUAUUUUCGACACAGACAGGUUUACUUAAUUUCAAUUGAAAUGUUGCCUCGACACAAACACUUGAUCAAGGAUAUAAAGAGUAUCAAACGCCUGCCAUCCACAUUCUUUGCAUACGUUGACGAAUCGGGUGAGUUCCAGAUAUGUGGAAACUCUCCGAAUAACGCUAAAGACAUAAAACCGGUGUUCAAUUAUUUGGAUGCUGGACAUCAAUCUGGAACAGUAUUUAAUAUCAACUACCACGAUUUAAAGAAACCUAUUUCGCUGUCUGACUGCAAAGGCAAAGCGUUUCUAGAAGAUAACGAUAAAUGGCAUUUUGAUUGUUUCAAGACUCAUGCUGGAUCUAAGUUGAACGUUUUCCCAAACGACCCACCUGCAUAUAAUGUGCGUGCUCAAGAGUCUGAGGAAUCCAACCCAAAUUCACGGGCAGAUCAGGUAGAGGAUGAGGCGGACGGUUUUAGUUCAAUAGUGCCGUCAUCGUGCUCAACAGAAUUUCCACCUUCCAGUUUGGAUCACAGGCCAAGCCAUUUAUCGCUUCACUCAAUUGUCCACAACAACUCCAGUUUUGAAUACGAUUAUUGUAAUGACCUUCCAGAGUGGAACAGACAACACGGAGAAAACACUCGUGUUUCUGAAAUCGUUGCAAAUGAAGUUUUAUUGCAAAAUAGGAUAAAUCGUCAACUUCAACAAGACGAUGUAUCAACGCAUCUUAAUUCUUUUCGCCUUACAACCAGCGUCGUACAAAACCGAGAGCAGAAUUACCUGACAGCAAAGUAUCCCGACUUCAGAAAUGAGGAAGUCAGAAGGAAAUCUUUCGAUAAUUGGCCUAGGACACUUCCAGAUGCGCGUGAAUUCGUCCCACGAGGGUUUUUCUAUACAGGAAUCGGUGAUCUAGUGAGGUGCUUCUGCUGUGGUAUUGGACUGAAGGACUUUUCGGACGGUGAUAAUCCACUCAUGGAACAUGUGAAACACUCUAGAAACUGCGCUUUUCUCGUAGAAUGUUUUGGUAGCCGAGAGGAAUUACACAGAUAUGCGCAAACUAUUUCAACUCGAGAGCCUGAAGAUAUAAGGCGUCAACAGAGGCAACAAUAUAACAGCUUGCAAGGUCGUAAUGUAAUUGGAUAUAGAGCAAGACACGAAAGUCUCCGCUCUCUACAGGCUCGUCUAGAUACGUUCACAAACUGGCCUUUACACUUAACCCAAAGGCCCUAUCAACUUGCCGAUGCUGGACUGUAUUAUACUGGAACUGACGACCAUUGCCGCUGUUUCGCAUGUGACGGUGGAUUGAGGAAAUGGGAACCAGGAGACGAUCCCUGGAUAGAACACUGCAGAUGGUUUCCGGCUUGUCCUUACGCAUUUGAAACGAAAGGCCGCGAUUUUAUUGACCUUAUUCAACUUUCAGCUGAUCAGGCUGCAGAAGAAAACGCGUCCGCACCGCAAGAAGAUAUGACUAACGCAUUUCAUGCCAUGUCAAUGCAGGAUCCUCUAGUACAGGGAAUUGUUGAUCGACAUGACAGUAUGCUGAAAGAGAGCAUGGGAUUUUCUGACGAAAUAAUAAAACAAGCAGUUCUCGAACUCGUUCAGCAAGGUAUGUUGAUACAAUGA